AUGCAACUUUCAAGCAUUAAUAUUACUGCAUAUCAGAAAACGGAACUCAUGUCUGAACAGAUCAAACACCAAACACAAGCUGGAAAAGCGUAUACCUCAAAAAGAAAUGAUUCAUCAUGUGCAACAAAAGACAACAAAAUAUGUAUUUUAGCUUUUGAUCUUCAACAGUGUCUUCUAACACCAAACUUAGGGUCUUCGGUUGUGUUUUACAAACGUCAGUUGUGGACAUACAACCCAACAGUCCACAAUAUUAUAUCCUCUACGGCUUCAUUGUUGAAAGUGAAGCUUGACGGACUAAUGAUGUUAGCAUUAAUAUAA